AUGUCGGGACUUCUUGUCAUACGGAAGAUGAAGAUUCUGAUACUGGUACUAUUCCACCUCGCACACAGAGCUUGCAAAGUACAGGAUUCCAACUGCAUAGGGACGGAUUCUGAAUAUACUGGCCAUGAGUGGAAACAGCCAAGUGAAAUAGUCAUUGGUGGCAUUGUGUCUUUUUCUGAAAUUCUUUUACCUGAUCUUUACUUCACGAUUCAUCCUUCAAGGAUGCCAAGUGGUCUUACACUAGUGGUGACAAAAUUCUACCAGUAUAUUCUUGCCUUGGUAUUUGCCAUUCGUGAGAUUAAUAAAAAUCCCAAAAUUUUGACAAAUAUCACUCUUGGGUUCCACAUCUAUGACACCUACUAUGAUGCAAGAUUGACGUAUCGUGUUACUCUAGACCUUCUCUUCAAGUCACAUCAGGUUGUCCCCAACUACAGCUGUGAUGUUGAGAAAAAUCUAAUAGGAAUUAUUGGAGGACUGACAUUCCAUACUUCCUCACAGAUAGCAGACAUAUUGCAUCUUUACAAGAUUCCACAGUUUUCAUAUGGUUCCUUUCGACCAGAAGUCAAUAAAGAAUCCAGAUCUCCUUCCUUUUACCAUAUGUUUCCCAAUGAAGCAAUUCAGUACCAUGGAAUUGUCCAGCUGCUUCUCCAUUUCGGGUGGACAUGGGUUGGUUUCAUGACUUUGGAUGACGAGAGUGGAGAAUAUUUCUUGAAGACUAUAGAACCAAUGCUUUCCGAUAAAGGAAUCUGCUCAGCCUUCACAACCAAAGUUCCAAGUAACCUCCCUAUGUCAAACUUCGUAGACAUGUAUUAUUAUAUCUUGAACAGCGCCCCAGUUGUCAUGAUGAGCAAAGCAAAUGUAGUUGUGUUAUACGGAGACAUUGUAGUCAUCAGGUGGCUGACAGCCAUUGCAUGGGGAGUAAAACUGACAGAGAUGGCAUCAGGUGGAAAGGUGUGGAUUAUAACAGCCCAAACUGAUUUUGCAUUGAAUGUGUUACACAAGAUGUGGGAUAUUCAGUUCUUCCAUGGUGCAAUUUCUUUUAGUGUCCAUUCAGAGGAGCUUCUAGGAUUCCAGGAAUUCCCUAAGAAUAUAACGCCAUAUAAGGCAAAAGACGAUGGCUUUGUCACGGAUUUCUGGGAGCAAGCAUUUGAUUGUUUCAUGCCAGGUUCUCCGGAAGCAACAGAUAACAGCUCAACCUGUACUGGAGAGGAGAAGCUGGAGACCCUUCCAAGGCCAUUUUUUGAAAUGACCAUGACUAGCUUCAGCUACAGUAUCUAUAAUGCAGUGUACACAUUGGCAAAUGUCUUAAACAUUUACUUAUCCAUGGCUAGAUAUAAAAGACAGGAAGAUGGGAGAAGAUUGGUGCCUUUGAAUGUGAAAGCCUGGCAGUUACAUUCAUAUAUUCAGAAGAUGUCCUUCAACAACAGUGUUGGAAGAGAGAUUAUAUUUAAUGAGUAUGGAGAAUUGAUAUCUGGCUUAGAUAUUACAAACUUAGUCACUUUUCCUAAUGGCUCCUAUGCCAGAGUAAAGGUGGGAAAACUGGAUCCUCAAGCUCUACCAGACAAAAUGUUCUCCAUUGAUGAAGAGCAACUUCAGUGGCAUAAAGAUUUGAUUCAGGUGCCUCCCUCGUCUCUUUGCAAUGAAAACUGUCAUCCAGGAUACGGGAAGCAAAAGAAGGAAGGGGAGAAGUUUUGCUGUUAUGACUGUGUUCCUUGUCCAGAUGGGAUGUUCUCCAACCAGAAGGUUGUGGAUCAUUGUGCCAAGUGUUCAGAAGAUCACGUUCCAAACGAACAGCAAACCCAAUGCAUUCCUAAGAUUCCAGAUUUUCUCUCCUUUGAAGAUCCUUUGGGCAUUGUUUUAUCUGCUUUGGCCAUCUUCUUUUCUCUGGUGACCACUCUGGUCUUUGGAAUCAUCGUUAAGCACCAUGACACACCCAUUGUCAAAGCCAACAACAAGACCCUCACCUAUAUUCUCCUUGUCUCUCUCCUCCUUUCCUUCGUCUGCUCUUUGAUGUUCAUCGGAAAACCCAACGAGGUGACAUGCCUCCUGAGACAAACAGGCGUUGUGAUGGUCUUCUCAGUUGCAGUGUCUUCUCUUUUAGCCAAAACUGUAACCGUGGUUGUUGCUUUCGCUGCUGCCAAGCCUGGAAAUAUGUUCCAAAAGUGGGUAGGCAAAAAACUUGGAAAUUUUGUUGUCUUGCUCUGCUCCCUUCUUCAAAUGGGUAUUAACACUGCUUGGUUGAGUACAUCUCCCCCAUAUCCAGACAUAGAUGUCUACACAAUGUCUGACAAACUCAUUAUUAAAUGCAACGAAGGGUCUGUCACCAUGUUUUAUUGUGCUUUGGGCUACAUGGGGGUCCUGGCUUUUUUCACCCUCAUUGCAGCCUUUUUAGCCAGGAAGUUACCUGACCGUUUCAAUGAAGGCAAGUUUAUUACAUUCAGCAUGUUGGUCUUUUGCAGUGUUUGGGUGUCCUUUGUUCCCACCUACCUGAGUACAAGAGGGAAAUACAUGGUGGCUGUGGAGAUCUUCUCUGUCAUGGCCUCCAGCUGUGGUUUGCUAGCUUGCAUCUUUUGCCCCAAAUGCUACAUUAUAGCGCUAAGGUCUGAUCUGAACAAAAAGGGCCAGCUAAGGGAGAAGGGGCACUGA